AUCAAAGCAACAAACAACAAACACAAAACAGAGACCGUUGGAUCCAAAUCUCACAUUCUUCUCCUUCUCCUUCUCUAUCUCUCUCUCUCCCUCUCUCUCACCAGAAGAAGAAAUGUACGGCAAAACAAUAUGCACAAUCGUCUUCUUCAUCUUCCUCGUUGCUUCUUUUUCAAUCUACAUGGGCACCGUCGAUCCAAGACCUUACUUUUACCUCCUCCAAUCACAGCCCCGUGAAGCUUCUCCUUGUAGCUCCAACGGACGACCUCUCCGUGUCUUCAUGUACGAUCUCCCUCGGAAGUUCAAUGUAGCGAUGAUGGAUCCACGCAGCUCAGAUGUUGAGCCACUCACUGGGAAGAAUCUGCCUUCUUGGCCUCAGACUUCUGGGAUUAAGAGACAGCACAGCGUUGAGUAUUGGCUUAUGGCUUCGCUUCUUCAGAGAGGUGGUGAUGGUGGUGACGAUGAAGCAAUUAGGGUUUUUGAUCCGGAUUUGGCGGAUGCUUUCUAUGUUCCGUUCUUCUCUUCGUUGAGCUUUAACACUCAUGGGAAGAACAUGACGGAUCCUGAUACUGAAUUUGAUCGGAAAUUACAGGUAGAGUUAAUGGAGUUUCUUGAGAAUUCAGAGUAUUGGAAACGUUCAGGAGGCAAAGAUCAUGUGAUCCCGAUGACACAUCCUAAUGCUUUCAGAUUUCUAAGGCAGCAAGUGAAUGCGUCGAUUCUCAUUGUUGUGGAUUUUGGGCGUUAUCCGAAAGAUAUGGCACGUCUCAGUAAAGAUGUUGUUUCUCCGUAUGUACAUGUUGUUGAGACCUUGACAGAGGAUGGUGAUGAUGAUGGUAUGACGGACCCUUUUGAAGCUCGUACCACGCUUCUUUACUUCCGUGGGAAUACAGCUAGGAAAGACGAAGGUAAAAUCCGUCUGAGGUUGGAGAAGUUAUUAGCUAAUAACUCUGAUGUUCACUAUGAGAAAAGUGUGGCAACUACACAAAACAUCAAAGUGUCUACGGAAGGGAUGAGAUCAUCGAAAUUCUGUCUGCAUCCAGCUGGAGAUACUCCAUCUUCAUGCCGCCUAUUUGAUGCCAUUGUCAGUCACUGCAUUCCGGUCAUCAUAAGCGACAAAAUCGAGCUGCCCUUUGAAGAUGAAAUAGAUUACUCAGAAUUCUCAGUCUUUUUCUCUAUAAAAGAGUCGCUUGAACCGGGUUACAUCCUCAACAACCUCCGCCAGUUUCCCAAGGAUAAAUGGCUGGAAAUGUGGAAACGCCUGAAGAACGUAUCUCAUCACUUCGAGUUCCAGUACCCACCCAAGAGAGAAGAUGCAGUAAAUAUGUUGUGGAGACAGGUGAAACACAAGAUCCCUAAUGUCAAGCUCGCUGUACAUAGAAACCGGAGGUUGAAAGUCCCUGAUUGGUGGCUUUGAAGAAUGACCAAAUUUUUUCUGAAGGUUAAGUCUUUUCAUUCUUCUUCCCUUCAAUACUGUACAUUAGUUGAUUCUUUUGUUACAUUGUUCUUUUCACGAUCCAUUGAUAGGCAUAUAUUCUCUAAAACAUCAUUUUUUUAUAAAUAACCUGAGGUAGUUGCAUCUAAGGUUUCCGCUUUAUCUGUUUUGAUUUCUCUUUAUAGUUCACUGAUUCAGACACUUUAUAUCUUGUAAGGUUUGAGAUGAGAGUUCCUAUUGUUGUAAACUUGUAAUGAAAAUAAGAUGAUAAAAGCUGCUCCUCUAUC